UUUUGCUUCCCUUUUGCUUCCCUUUCUUUGAGUUUAAACCUUUGCUACAAAAUUAUUACGAAAUUAUGUAUUUUAGAUUCGAAUGAAAACAAUGUUUGUUUGCAAAUAGAAAAAUAGAUGGUCAAAGAUUUUUCUAAUAAUAAUAAUCUAUUAAUGCCAUUUACCAUUUGAGGUCGGAGUAAGACAACGUAAUACUACUUGAAAAUAUCUCGCUAGAUUCUCGAAUAACAAAGCUCUUUAUUUUCUCUCUCGUUGAAAGUCUAUCCUAAGUCUCGCGAUAGAUACCACUACUUAUGACGAUGCUUCAAAUAUGAUCGAAACUUAGAUGGUUUCUAAACGAGGAAGAGACAGUUUCAACAAUUUAUUCAAAGAGAUUUAAUGGACCUUUGUAUUUUAGUUAAUGGCAUCAUUUUCGGAGGAAAUUGUCAAGUAUCGUUUAGGGAUUAUUAUCUUAGAAAAGUUUUCGAGGAUAUCGAAAAUGACUGGCUGAAAAUAUAAAGAAAGUAAGAGAAAUAAUGGAAAACGAAGUAUGAAAUUUUUAGAUUGGAUGGAAGAUUAAACUUGAUAAGAUUUUUCUCCAAGGUAUAUGCCAUUUCGAUAAGCCAAUAUUUCACUUUGUUUCUCUCUCUCCCUCUCUCUCUCUCUCUCUCUCUCUCUCUCUCUCUCUAUCUUUCUAUUUCUAUUUUUACUUUGAUCUCUUUAUUUCUCUAUUUCCUGAAACCUUCAAUACGAACAUUCCAUUCCAAGCGUUUCCAUAUUCGAUAAAUGUAUUUUAUCCUUUGUGAUUUAUGAACGUAAUUAGUGAAUAAGAAGAAAGGAAAUAGAGGAGAAGAUACAAAUGUGCUUCAGAAAAUCCACCUAUUUCCGAUAAUUUAUCUUCUUUUAUGGUACGAAAAGCAACGAAAUGUUAUUCUAGUAUUCUGGACAAAUCUAAGAAAGAAAAGAACUGUAAGAAAAGGUGAAAGGGUGACAACGACAAAGAACAAGAAAAAUGUAGAAGGAAUUGUUAGUUGUUUGCGUGUAUCAGGAAUUCAAGCCGCACGUUGACAUUUGGGAGAAAUUCACAUCAUAAUGGCAAGUAGAAUACGCUUAACAUCAUGAAGAUUAACGAAACUGUGAAAGAUUAUUCGUUGAGUACUAUAGAAGGGAGUGAAUACCUCAACAUAUCUCGGAAUGAUUCGAUAUGUGAUGAAUUCAUCAGCAAGGACCUUAUCCUCUCGUCGAAAUGGUUUCAAGCAACCAUAUAUUUUCUCUACUUUACGAUUUUCAUAGUUGCUCUAAUAGGAAAUGGAUUGGUCUGUUACGUCGUUUGCAGUAGUCCAAGGAUGCAUACGGUCACCAAUUACUUCAUCGUUAAUCUGGCGAUCAGUGACAUCUUGAUAUCAGUUUUCUGUAUCCCAACAACCUUUGUCAGUAUUUUAAUUCUUCAAUAUUGGUCCUUUGGUUGGACGCUCUGUCCAAUCGUUAAUUAUUCACAGGCUGUUUCCGUGCUGGUAAGCGCAUACACUUUAAUCGCAAUCAGCAUAGAUCGUUACAUUGCUAUAAUGUGGCCAUUUAAACCACGCAUGAGUAAAAAGCAAGCAACGUUCUUGAUACUGGGUGUCUGGUUACUAGCAUUGACGGUCUCUUUUCCGAUCGCCGUGGUAUCGGAACUUGUGCAACCUGUGAAUGGAACAGAUCGUUACGUACAAUGCAAUAGAUUCAUCUGCAAAGAAAACUGGACGUCGGAAAGGAACAGAUACUAUUAUACAAUCUCCCUAUUGGUAGUACAGUAUUUGGUGCCACUGAUGGUGCUUUUAUUCACUUAUACUAGCAUCGCCAUAAUCGUAUGGGGUAAAAGACCACCAGGGGAAGCUGAGAAUACGAGGGAUCAAAGAAUGGCACGCUCGAAAAGAAAGAUGGUGAAAAUGAUGAUUACCGUGGUAUUAGUCUUCACCAUGUGUUGGUUACCUUUCAACGUUUUCCACAUAGCGUUAGACUUUGACAAAAGUCUCUACAACUGGUCGGGUCUUCCUUUCGUAUGGGCAGCCCUUCAUUGGCUUUCAAUGUCACAUUCCUGUUACAACCCAGUGAUUUAUUGUUGGAUGAACGUCAGAUUUCGUACGGGCUUCAUUGCUGCAUUCGGACGUUUACCAUAUUUGCGUAAAUUCGUAUUUAAUCGAGGAAAUCAUAGAUACAAUACCAGUGUGGUCGGUAUGCCUAUGACAGAUCUCGAAGGAUCCGGUCAAUUCGUAUUACAGCGAAAAAAUACGUGCACAACUUACGUCAGUGUAAGACACAAAACCAAUGGCAGUCAAGGAAUACCUGCGAGAAAUACCACCUUACAAACAACGAAUCUUUGCGAGCGAACAUCCUACAAUCUCAACAAGUCAUAAAACUCCAUUCCCAUUUGGAGGAACAGAUAUAAAAAAGAAACAACAAGAAAAGAAAAGAAAAAAGAAUAAGAUAAAAAAAAAACUUUCUUUCAAAGUUUGAAUGCUUUAGGCAGGAAACAAAAGGUUUGCCAGGAAAUAUGAAUUUGUGUAAUCGAGUAACUAGUCACAAAGUCUCUUUCUUUUUUAUAUGUACUUUCCCUUGCAUAUUUUAGAGAAAACAAUCGAAAGAUUAACAUUAUUUUCGAUUGUACCUUCUAAGAAAAUUUCGUUUCAAUUAUUUGACGACAUGCUAAUUGAUUAAAAAAGAAAAUGAGAUCGCUUCGAGUGUUUGCUCUUACGUAUCAAGUUCCUUCUUGUAAAUAUAUAUGUCUAUUUUCAUAUAUCGAAAAAAUUAAGCGAAUAAUAUUUGUAGGAAUUAUCAUUUAAGUAAAUUCUUUUUCUCAUGUUUUUUCUUAACAUUUUCGAAUUACGCAAAAACACGAUAUAAAAUGAUA